AUCACGACAGCAUUCCUUUUAACUAAAGAAGACUUUCAAGUUGGAAUCAAGCAACAAAAUCCUCAGCCGUACCCGACGCACUUUCUAAACGUUUCUUCUUGUGCAAAUAAGAGAAAGUCUAGCAUGCCUGAUACAAUUUAUAGAGAGAGAAGUGGGGGGGGGGGGGCGAAGAGAGCAAAACUUUUACACCACACUCGGACUAAUUUCUGAAGACCAGACCAAAAUUCUAAAAUAUCAAUUCCUUGGCGGCUAUGGAAGCUUAUGCUUGUAACUGAAGCCACUUUUAUAUACCGUAUAUUCGUAACUCUAAUUCCAAACUUGAAAGCAGAACUCUAAUUCCAGAAUUUUGGUGAAGCUGUUAAUGUUUACUUGUUCUUGCAAGGCAUCUUUCGCUACAUUUACUCCCUUUUCUUCCACUCAAUUGCAUCUUUCUAUCACUUAUAAAUGCAUCAACCUAAACCAAAACCUGCUAUGGAUGCCAGACUAGCAUCAACGGAGGAGUAAGUAAAGAUUCUAAAUAAUGGUUGAGAUUAAGGUGGAAAAUGAGUCAUCUAGGGAUCUCGCUGAAGAAAGGGCUCCCCUCCUGGUUCCAGAAGUAGAAAAGACCCUUGUACAGAAAGCUAUAAGUCAAACAUUUCAAAGUACAGCCCAUCUGGCAAAUCUUUUACCAACUGGAUCCGUUCUUGCUUUUCAGCUCCUAUCACCCAUCUUCACAAACCAAGGAGAAUGUGAUGCAGUAAGCCGAUCCAUGACCGCUGUCCUCAUAGCUCUCUGUGGGCUGUCAUGUUUUCUUUUCAGCUUUACAGAUAGCUUCAAGGACCAAAAGGGAAACUUAUGCUACGGCUUUGCCACGCUUCACGGCUUGUGGGUUAUUGAUGGUUCAGCAACCAUACCACCAGAACUUGCAGCUACCUACAGGCUCAAAUUCAUAGAUUUCAUGCAUGCCUUUAUGUCGAUAUUGGUUUUUGCAGCUGUUGCAUUAUUUAAUCAAAAUGUUGUCAACUGCUUCUAUCCAAUGCCCUCAGAUGAAGCCAAAGAACUCCUCACAGCCAUGCCAGUUGGAAUUGGAGUUAUUUGCAGUAUGUUAUUUGUUGUGUUUCCCACCAAGCGCCAUGGAAUUGGCUUCCCCCUCACUGCAAAUUAAUAGAUAGUUUGUUUCGAGUGGUGGAAAUAUAAAUUAUUUGUGUUGAAGGUCUAGAAGUUUGCUUUCUUAAUGUAUAUGUUUCUUC